AAGCAGUACAAAUUACGUGGUUUUACCUUAGGCUUAGAGAGUAUAGCAUAUUUAACGUAAACACAAGCACGUGCGAGGUGUUCUGUCAACAUGGAAAUCGUUGUCGGCACCUAUGACAACGUUAUUUUAGGAUUCAGACUGCUUAAAAUCGCAGAUGACUUUCAGGUUGAGGCAAGUUUCACAGACAACUCACAUUCCGGUUGUGUGAAAUGUAUGGCUGUUUCAGACAAGGGGAUACUGGCCUCCGGCAGCACAGAUGAAUCCAUCCGACUUCUCAAUAUACGCAAGAUGAAAGAAAUGGGCUCCCUUGUUCAUCACAAUGGAACCAUCACCAGCCUUCAAUUCCACAGAGGAUUCAUGUUUAGCACAAGUGAGGAUGCCGCCCUUUGUCUGUGGAAAUCUUAUACCUGGGAAUGCCUGAGAACAUUCAAAGGACACCAGGCAGCAAUCAACUGUGUAUCAGUACAUCCAAGUGGCAAGCUUGCCCUGACCGUUGGUCGAGACCGUGCUCUGCACACGUGGAACCUCAUAACUGGGCGAUCUGCGUUCAUCUCAAACAUUAAACAAGCUGCAGACAUUGUGUGCUGGUCACCAAAGGGAGAUAACUAUGCCAUUGUGGUCAACAACAAAAUUGAUGUUUAUGAUGUGGAGACAGCAGAAAUUUCUCUCAAUAUACAAGCAGAAGCAAGAAUAAACUGCCUAGAAUAUUACAAUGACGAGACAGUAUGCUUUGCUGGGGAAGGAGGCAAUGUUUAUUUCCACCAUAUCCCUUCCAACAAACCACUUCAUUCUUGCAAAACAGAAACUACCAGGAUCAAAGGCUUGUGUAUCAAGAGAGGGGUAGAGGGAGUGUCAGAAGACCCAGUCUUGUGUGUUGCCAGUAGUGAUGGGGACCUGAAACUGUACACUAUCACAGAAUCAAAGGAAGCUCUAACUACCAAACUGUUAGCGGAGAAAAAUACUGGUUUCAGGAUAACUUGUAUGGCCGUUUUUGUAGAGAAAGCCACACCUAAGAAGGAAAACGCUGUGAAGAAGACGGAGAAAAGUUCAAAGAAAAAGAAUAAAGCAGAAGGGCUGAAAAGAAAGUCACAAAGUGAGAAGGAUAAUGAUGAAAACACUACAGAAACGGUUGAAGCACAAGGGAAAGCAAAGAAAAAAAAGAAAACAGAGCAGCUUCAAUCACAAAGUUCAACAGAUGACGGUGAAAGUGACAGUAGUGAAAGUGAGCCAGAGACAGUUGUUAAAGCGAAUAAAAGAAAAUCAAACUCUGUUGAAAUGAUAGAAAAAAAGAAAAAGAAGGUUGAGACAAAGUUGAAAAAACAGAUCGGGAAAGGAAAGCCGAAGAUACAGGCUGGGAAAGGAAAGCAGACUGAAGUUAGAAAUGAGCGAUUGUCACUGAAGAUGUCGGGUAAAAAGGGAAAACAGAAGAAAAGGAACUAAAAUAUUCUGACAGAAUUGGCCAUGUUAAUUGAUAAAUAAUAAAUUUUAAUUUUAACUCA